GUGAACGAGACAGCCAUCGGUACACGUUGUAUGUUGAAACGACCUCGUUCCUUCUCUAUCUCGCACGCUUGGCAUUUCUAUCGCCAUUUUUAUUUCAUCAGUUUCAAUUUCUUAGUGUUGCAUGUCAUGCAUUUUUUGAACAUUAUGUUGGCAACACAAACACACAUAUAAUCGCAUCGGGUCACAUUCGCAUCAUGACAAACUUAUAGUUUGACAUUUCAUUUCAAACCAAUUUUAGGGCUGAAUAACGUAAUUUUUUUUGUUCUUUGCAAAUCUGGUAUUUUCGGCGUGUUUUUUUUUUUUGUACGGGUAAACAUGGAAAACGAACCGAAAAGUGUUCAACAAAUAAAAUCGAAAUUCAAUGAAAUUUGCACACCGUUCGUUAAUCAAAUGAGCGACAAAUUGGUGACCAGUUUGAAUGAUAUUAUAAAACCAACGAAUAAAACACUCAAACUAAAGCAAUUUGAAGACAAAUUUAAGGCGGAUAUGAUUAAGAAAUGGCACGAAGAAUUCGAUACACUGUGGGAAACAAAGCAGUUGGAACAACGGCUGACGAAAUUGAAUGAACUGAAGCAACAACACAAACCAAAGGGGCCCAAUGAAAAAGCAUGGCGUGCACAUGGGCACACGGCCGAACAACAGACCCAGCACAGUCGCAAUCGUCAGAUGUCGGUACAUUUACUAAAAAUGCGAGAACUUCUCAGUGAACAGUCGAACGAGUUGCAGAAAAUGAUCUUAGAAGUUGAGCAACGACGAAACUAUUUCAACGAUCUAUCGAAGCGACGUGGCAAAGUAAUAGAAGAAAUGGAUGCUAAACUAGUGGAACUGCAGCCAAAAUUAAUUGAAGCCGACGAGUAAUCACGGGCGAAACACAUCUGUGCGAAACACCAAAUUCGAAAUUCAUUCACAUCCUAAAUAUAAGGCUCAUAUUCUCACCCUAGGUAGAAAAAUAAUCAAAAUGAAAAUAAAAUAAAAAGAAUGAAAUGUGUUGAACAUAAUUUGUCGUAUGCAAAUUAAUAUUUGGUUUAUUUGAUAAUAAAUCGUUAUAAUCGGUUUUG